AUGGACGAGGAAGAAGAAGCAAUAAGAUAUUAUUUCAGAAGAAAUUACGACUAUAAUGCGAUAUUAGAGUUUUUAGACAAAUACCAUGACAUAAGGAUGUCGAAACGGACUCUCUUAAACCGUUUAAGAGAUUAUGGUUUGAACAGGCGAAAUCGCAACAUCGACGAAGAUCUCCUUCGCGAUCAUAUUAACAGGGAAUUACAAGGCUCUGGUAACCUACUUGGUUACCGAGCGAUGUGGCGGAGACUUCACUUGAAAUAUGACAUUAAUGUACCAAGGUCAGCGGUAGAAGAAUUAAUGAGAGAAAUUGAUCCCGAAGGUGUCAGAAGCCGAAAAGCCCACAGGCUUAAAAGAAGAAAGUACUCUAAUCUCAAACCUUAUGGGCUGCCUAUACACGGAUGUAUCGAUGGUUUUAGUCGACGUUUGAUAUGGCUGAAAGUGGAAAAGAGCAAUAAUGAUCCUCGAGUAAUCGCAAACUUAUUCAAAAACGCUAUCAUUGAGAUAGAAGGUUGCCCAACACUCCUGCGUACUGACCGAGGGACAGAAAAUGCAAUCGUCUCGUCAGCCCAAUGUUUCUUUAGAAGAAAUGGAACCGAUUCUCUUGCUGGUUUGAAAGCCCACCGCUUUGGCUCUUCUCAUAGCAACCAGCGCAUCGAGGCUUGGUGGGCAUUUCUAAGACGAACAUGGAGUACUUGGUGGAUGAAUUUCUUCAAAGACAUGAUACAUGAAGGCCACCUCGAUGCAAGUAAUAAAUUACAUCUUGAAUGUAUCUGGUUCUGCUUUAAGAAUCUCAUACAAAACGAAUUAAACGGCGUUAUGGAAGAGUGGAAUAAUCAUUACAUUCGUAAGUCUCGAUUUCAAACGGCCUCAGGCAUCCCAAACAAUCUCUUUUUCCUACCUGAAAGUGUCGGUGCCACAGACCGCAAACAUCCAUAUAACCGGGAAGAUAUGGAGGAAAUCAAUAAUGAACUCCGUAUACCUGCAGAGAAUGAUGAUUCCUUGAUUUAUCAGGAAUAUUUUUCUUAUGUCAGUCAAAUUAUUAGACUUGGUGAACCAAGUUCUGCGAGGGAAGCACUAACUUUAUAUUGUAGACUUUUGGUUGCUGCUCAAUAA